CCCUUUUUCGGUUUUCUAAGCCCUCUCUCUCUCUCUCUCUUUCUCUCUCUCUCUCUCAUACACCGUUCGUCUGCCUUCCUUCCUUCCAUAUCUGUAAACAUUGUUCCUCGCCGGAAAACAGCUAUUUUCGCCGGCGACAAGCCUCCGCAUCUCGCCGGAAAAUUGUCCAGCCCUCUUUCGCCGAGGUCCCUUGAUUUCCUUCUCGCUUUCCUUGACUCGGUCUCGGGAGACUUUGGAUCUCCGAGUCUGACUUGGUCCGGUCUUGCUCGUCGCUUUUUGAGAGAAUGUGGCGGGCCUCGUUAACUUUAAAGGCUUGUUAUUGAGUUUUUUAUGCCCGGGGUCGUGAUCUAGGGUUUGAUUUUGAGAUUAGGAUUCUGUGUUGUGGUUGUUUUUUAUUCCGCUCACGGUGAAGCGAACAAAAACGGAGGCUUGUAGAGAAGGACUUCGGAAUGAAAUGGUAGAAGGAAGGGUUUGUUUAUCCAAAGAGGCCAGAAAUGGGUUAGAAUAUCUGAAGCUUAAAAGGCUUCAGCGAAUGAAAUCAGAAACGGUUAUUGAGACCACAAGAAUCACUAACAUGAUGACUAGGAGUGGAGGAGAUGCUUUGAGAGCUUCAGCAUCCUGUGGUGUGAGGCUACACGGUAAUGCAGAUGUAUUUUCAAAGCGUAAGGUUGACAAGUUUGACACAAGUGAUCUGGAAUGGACUGAGAAAAUUUCAGAGUGCCCUGUAUACUGUCCAACAAAGGAGGAAUUUGAGGAUCCUUUGGCUUUCUUGCAGAAGGUAGCUCCAGAAGCCUCUAGAUAUGGAAUAUGCAAGAUUAUUUCCCCAUUGAGUGCAUCUGUUCCAGCUGGGGUUGUAUUGAUGAAGGAGAAAUCUGGAUUCAAGUUCACAACUAGAGUCCAGCCUCUUCGACUUGCAGAGUGGGACUCUGAUGAUAAGGUCACUUUUUUCAUGAGUGGAAGAAAUUAUACAUUUCGCGAUUACGAGAAGAUGGCAAACAAGAUUUUUGCCCGUAGAUAUUAUAGUGCUGGAUGUCUUCCUGCCACAUACAUGGAAAAGGAGUUUUGGCAAGAAAUUGCUUGCGGAAAGACGGAAAGUGUUGAGUAUGCAUGUGAUGUUGAUGGAAGUGCGUUUUCGUCUUCUGCCAGUGACCAGCUUGGAAAUAGCAAAUGGAAUUUGAAGAAACUUUCACGCUUGCCCAAAUCCAUUUUGCGUCUUCUGGAUAGAGCUAUUCCGGGGGUAACUGAACCUAUGCUUUACAUUGGAAUGCUGUUCAGUAUGUUUGCUUGGCAUGUGGAAGACCAUUAUUUGUACAGUAUUAAUUACCAUCACUGUGGGGCAGCAAAAACUUGGUAUGGCAUUCCAGGUGAUGCGGCUCUGAAAUUUGAAAAAGUGGUCAGGGAACAUGUCUAUACUCACGAUAUUUUAUCAACUGACGGCGAGGAUGGAGCCUUUGAUGUUCUCCUAGGGAAAACUACUUUGUUUCCACCGAAUAUUCUAUUGGAACAUGGUGUCCCCGUCUACAAAGCUGUGCAAAAUCCUGGGGAGUUCGUAAUUACCUUCCCAAGAGCAUAUCAUGCUGGAUUCAGUCAUGGUUUCAAUUGUGGGGAGGCUGUGAACUUCGCAAUUGGUGAUUGGUUUCCUUUGGGGGCGGUGGCCAGCCGACGCUAUGCUUUCCUUAACAGGGUGCCUUUGCUUCCACAUGAAGAACUUCUGUGUAAAGAAGCAAUGCUGCUCUAUAGGAGUUUAGAACUUGAAGAUUUUGAUUAUUCAACAGCAGACUUGGCUUCACAUCGUAGCAUUAAGAUUUCUUUUGUAAAUCUGAUGCGAUUCCAGCAUUUUGCUCGCUGGACCUUAAUGAAAUCAAGGGCUUGCACGGGUGUUUCUUCAGUUGCCCAUGAAACAAUUGUAUGCAGCAUAUGCAAACGUGACUGUUACAUAGCUUAUAUCAACUGCAACUGUUACAUGCACCCCGUGUGCCUUUGCCAUGAUGUUGCUUCCCUUGACUUCUCGUGUGGGAGCAAUCAUACUCUCUUUCUGAGGAUGGAUAUUACAGAAAUGGAAGCUGCAGCCAAGAAGUUUGAGCAGGAAGGGGGAAUAUUAGAGGAGAUUCAUCGGCUAGCUAGAGGUAGUGAUAAUUUGUAUUCACACCCCUUUUCAUGUAUGUUUGAGAGAGCUGGAGAAGAUGGAUAUUCCCCUUAUUGUGAGAUACCAUUUGAGAUGAAGCCUGAUCUCUACGUUACAACUGGGGAUGAAUCACAAGAAGCAGAGCAUGUUGCUGAUAGGCAGCCCCCGUGGAAUUAUGGCAAAGAGAAUACAAAAUUUGAAGUAUCUGAAGCUCCCCUUUCUUGUGCUGCAUCAACUCUUCCUCUUGAGAGCACAGUUCCAAACAAUUUUAAGGGGAAUGCCAACUAUAAUUCUGGGAAUCCUGACUCUAAAAAGUAUUCUGAAGCUUCACACCGUGCAUAUGAAUCUUCUAAAUCCUCCCAGUCUUGUGAAGAAUCCUUGAGUACACUUCCAAGCAAUCUUCAUCAUUCUGGGUUGAAGCCCAUUGUGGAUCAAGACAGUGACGAUUCUGAUUCCGAAAUUUUUAGAGUUAAGCGUCGUACUUCACAGAAGGUUGAGAAAAGAGAGAUUAAUGAUGCCAUGGGUUCAAAGCAUUCUGAUCACCAGGGGUUUAAACGACUGAAAAAAGUCCAACUUGAAGGGAGAUGUGGGGCACUGCUGUCAUCUGAUUGGUGCAGAACUAAUGAAUCAAAUUAUAAAUUUAUCCCUUCUACUCGUUAUAAAGACGCGCCAGAUUGUUCUUCGAGGGAAAGGUUUGCCAGAGGAAGCAACAUUCCCAUUUCCAUCAAGUAUAAAACUUUGGUCAAUGAGGAAGCAAUAAGCAGACAGCGAGAACAACAAAGAAAGGAUAGGCUCCAGCUUGAAUUGGGUAAGACCAUGAGGGAACCACCCCCAAUAGAGAUUGGGUCGAAGCGCAUUAAAGUGAGGCCCGUCAUUCCUAGGGACAGAGGAGGUUGGAGUUAAGUUUAGAUCAGUAGGGUGACAAUUUCUAGAAUCAUGGUUGGCCUGCCUUUGGAGCAGCACCUUGAGCCUGACGUUGCUAACUUCAUUUUCUUUAAUGGGGUUUCUAACAACACGGAUAAUCUAAAGAUUGAUUUUGGGAGCAGUGGCAGAAGAUUAACCAAGAUUAGGAUUAAGAUUUAUAUUCUUUGUGCAGGCCCUAAAUUGGGGCAAUUUGCACGGGUGGUGAUUCUUGGGUUCUCGGGCCGAGGUAUUUUUCCAGUCUUUGGCAGGAGAACCUUCCUGCUUUGCUAAAAUUAGAGAUCUGAUAGUGAAUGAUGUAAAUUUGUUUUUACCACUUAGCUAAUUCUUGUGAAGAAAGUGGGUAUACCCGUUGAUUUCUAAUGUGAGCUCAGUCCCUGCUGCUUGCCCCCCUUUUUAGGUUCUUUAUUCAUUUCGUAGCAAUUGGUCAGUCAAUGUACCUUGGAUUACUUGAAUAAAAUGAAGAGAUAUGCCUUCUUUAUUUCUCAA